CAAGUUGGACGAAAAAUAACGUCACAAUCAAGCAUGAUUUUACGAAAGUGUCAGCGGCGUCCAUCUUUGAACGAAACAAAUUCCAAAAUUGGAUACCUUUUAACGAAGCAUAUGUCAAAAAGGGCCCAUCUUUUAACGAAACGAAAGAAUAAAAGAAAGAAUCUAUUAAUCUUGUCAUAAACAAGUUUGGCCAUAAACAAAUAGAAAAAAAAACGAAAGAACAUUGGAAAGGUGCGCGGAGUGGCCUACACUUUUUCGCUCGUUUCAUGUAUGAAAUCGGUUAAUUCGGUGCCUUCGGUACGGCGGAAAACGCGUAUUAACGGUCACGGCACCGCGAUUCAGUGGCAGUGCGUACGGAACGGUUGCCGUUGCCGUCGAAAUCUAACACCGAUUCUGUGGCCGAUUCAUGUGUGGUACGGCCAGCCAUUCGAUACGAAGGGGCAGCAAGAUGGCGGCCGCCUACUAAGAAAGAAGACACACACAGGCAAAACGACAACGGGAGAGACCCCCGUUUUUUUUUCCUCGGUCGCAUAAAGUGAAGAUCGUGGUGAAAGUGUAUUAUUUUCCAGCUUUUCCGUUUGUGUUUUCUUGUUUUCGGGUGUGAGUGUUUUUCCUUCCCCCGAAUAGUGUGUGAUUGAGUGUAAUUUUUGGUUGGUGAUUUUUCGUUUGCUCAGUGUUCUCGUGUUCGUGUCUCAAUUCCCCUUACCUUACGGGGUACACGGGUUUGCAGUGUGGUGUGUAGUGCGCGGGGGUGUGUUUGGGAGCGGGGGUCGGAGGCCAAGAAAACGUGAGCGGAGCCGGAGCAGCAGCAUUUCGGCUUCCUUGUACCGGGCCAAAGGAAGGAUGUGACAAUGGAAAUGUGCGAAUCGUAAUGGAUGCAACGAGCGGCGGAGCGUAUUGGGUAAUUAACGCAAGAACACAACAACGCAACCACUCAACAACGCCACCAACAACGACGAGGGGGCGAAGAAGGAGGCGAGCAAUAGGGACACCCCGCUGCUGCAGCCAACGCCGCCAAACGUGCAGAGGGCGACAAUUGCAGCGGUGCAUUCGGAUAGGGAAUUAAGAACAAAACGGAAGCAAGAAAGAAAAUCCACACACAGCCGCACGAAACUAGACACAGACACAAACACACACACAGAGGGACGCGAGCAUAAAGCACGCCACCGCACUGUAGUGGCUAUUUACGCGAAACGGCAAAAGAUUCCGCACGUCGUCGUCUGGCACAGUGGCACAAAAAAAGGGUGCGUGUGAGUGAGAAAGACAAUAUAGACACAAUAAAAGAAGCCGCGCAAAACAGGGGGAGGCUCGUCUCGUAAGCGUUUGUUGUUGCAGGCUUGAACGGCAGCAGUAUGAGUAUGCAACUGCUACUACGAUUGAUAUUGCUCCGGUUGGUCGGUGGCAUGCUGCCGCUGGAUGCUGUGCUAAAGGGCAAACAACAACCGUCCACGUCUGCCGGUGGUGCCGAACACGGUGGACACCAGCAGCAACAGCAGCACCGUCAGCAGCAACAUGCGCACGGUCCGAGCGUGCUGGACGAUAUCGUUGCCCGGUACAGUCUGCCGAACGGGACCAGCCGCUUCACCCAUCUUACGUACGAUCCCACCAGGCGCAUAUUCUAUGCCGGCGCCACCAAUCGGGUGUUACAGUUGAAUGAAAAUUUGACGCUACUCCGUGAAGCCAUUACCGGACCGAAGCUAGAUUCGGCCCAGUGUCAUGCGGCCGGCUGUCCGCCCGACGUGCUGGACAGUGUGGAAACGGACAACUACAACAAGGUGCUGCUGUACAACCGGGACGGCGAUACGCUGAUUGCGUGCGGCAGUGUACAUCAGGGUGCGUGCGAAAUAUACUACUUAAGCGGCCGCUUUCCCGACUCGUCGAAACCGAUCGAGGUGGCACUGGCGGCGAAUGAUGAGCGAUCGACAACGUACGCAUUUGUCGGACCGAGCCGGUAUCAGUCGUGGAAGAAGGAAGACAUCAUGUACGUCGGUACGACGUUCACGAAUGUGGGCGAUUAUCGGCAUGAUGUGCCCGCUAUCUCAUCCCGCCGGUUGGACGAUUUAACGUACGCGGAAUUUUCCAUCCAACAGUCGAACAUUAACAUCGACGUAAAGUAUCGUGACCAUUUUUUGGUUAAUUAUCUGUACGGAUUCAACAGCACCGAGUAUGCGUAUUUCGUGCUGGUACAGAAAAAGUCUCACCUAGCGGAUGAAGCCGGUUACGUGACACGGUUGGCACGUAUCUGCGUGAAUGAUCCCAAUUACGAUAGCUACACGGAGGUAACAAUUACCUGCAUGGUAAAUGGGACGGAUUAUAACAUCCUGCGGGAUGCCAAGUUGGCCCAGGCAGGUCAAAAGUUAAGCAACGAUAUGGGAAUCAAGCGUGAAGAUUAUCUGCUAGUGGCCGUUUUUUCACCCUCGAAAGAAAUUACCGACGAGCCGCAAAACCGAUCCGCCAUCUGCAUGUACAGCCUGAAGGACAUCGAGGAAGUGUUUAACGAAAACAUUCAUUCCUGUUUCAACGGAACAAUAAAGGAUCGCAAUCUUGGAUACAUUUCGGGCACGAUCAACGAUGGCAAGUGUCCGGUGGCUGGAUCGUUGGGCAAUAUAUUUAGCUUCUGUCACGUUGGGUUAAAAAUUAGCGGUGUCACACCGGUGAUCGCAUCGGCCCGUUUUGCGUUCGGUGAAGGUGUUUCGCUUACCUCGAUCGCGGUUACCAACAUCGGACCGCAUACGCUUGCGUUCGUCGGUAGCAACAAUGGGUGGAUUCGGAAGGUGCUACUGUCCGGCAGGGAAGCGGGUGAAUACGAGCGUUUGUUGGUCGAUGAGGAAGGUUUAUCAAUCCUGCCGGACACAAUGUUUGCUCCAUCGAACGAUCAUCUUUAUGUGCUUUCCGAGCGAAAGGUGAUUAAGAUGAAGGUGGAACACUGUGGAACGUUUGGCAAUUGUUCCGCCUGUCUGGAAUCGCGCGAUCCGUACUGUGGCUGGUGUUCGCUUGAAAAACGCUGCACGGUACGUACGGCCUGUCAGAAGGAUACAAGCGCAGCUCGCUGGCUCUCGAUCGGUACCGGGCAGCAAUGCAUUGAUUUCGAAAUGGUAGCACCCGAUCGUGUACCGGUUGGUCAAAUGUCGGUCGUUCGGUUAGUGAUUAAAACGCUUCCCGAGCUACCGCACAACGCGCAGUACCGGUGUGUGUUUGGUAACGCAACACCGAUCGAUGCGAACGUCACGAAGGAAGGUUUGAUCUGUACAACACCACCGGUUGGAGAGCGACCCACCAUACCGGACGGGCAGGAUCACGUGCUAGUACCGCUGAGUGUUCGUAGCUCCGAGACGAAUAAGGAUUUUGUGUCACGUAGCUUCGCUUUCUACGAUUGCACCAGUCACGACACGUGUCGGAAGUGUUUGGUCAGCAAUUGGGGAUGCCACUGGUGCAUUUAUGAUAAUAGGUGCGCUUUCAACACAACUGCCUGCCGCAAUUCGGCCAAUAUCGUACAGAAUGAAGCGUCCUGUCCACGGUUGAAGCAACGCGCCGGCCCGAUACUGUUGCCGAACAAGGUGCCGAAAGAAAUUCGACUCGAGAUCGAAAAUCUGCCACGGCCCCAGAGUGCGCACACUGGGUUCCUCUGUACGGUGAACAUUGAGGGUGCACACAUGGUGCUGCCGGCCCGUGUCGAAGCCAACAAAUACAUUGUGUGCGAGAAAACAUUGUAUUCAUACGAAGCGGCCACCAACGAGUAUGAAGCAACGGUUGAUGUUAACUGGAAUCGGAAUCACUACAUCGAUACAGUGACGGUCGUGCUGUACAAGUGUGAAAUACUCGGCUCACAUCGGGACCAUGCCGACUGCAGUUUGUGUGUGACGCGCGAUCCUAAGUAUCAGUGUACCUGGUGUGGACAGCAGUGCAGCUACAACGAAUCAUGCCUCGAUGGUGGCGGUUCGAUGAUGAUGCGGGGCCGUGGGGAAGAUGGUGGCUGUCCGCGACCCCGUAUCGAUCUGAUCAAACCACUGAGCGGUCCGAUCGAGGGUGGUACGCUGGUUACGAUCGAGGGCAGCAAUCUGGGUAUACGCGAGGAAGAUGUACGGGGCCGUAUACAUAUCGGCGAGGUACCGUGCGAACUGGAACGGUACGAAAUAUCGGUCCGUAUCGAGUGCCGCACCGGGCCAGUACGGUCGGAAAUGUCCGCACCGGUUAAGGUGGGCAAUGAAGCGGGCUAUACCAUGUCGAGUGUUGAGUUUCGGUACCGGGACGUACAGCUCGAAGGUCUUAGCCCAACGAUGGGACCACAGUCGGGUGGUACGAAGCUAUCCAUCAUCGGCAAGCACCUGAACGUGGGUACGGCUGCGAUCGCUUAUCUGGAUGAUUACGAGUGUCGUAUCAAUCGCACACAAGCGUCCUCGAGCCGGCUUACAUGCGUAACGUCAGCGGCCCGCUCACCGGAACACAUACGUGUGCUGACGCUUCGGAUCGAUGGUGCAAACCGGACGCUUGCCUGCAGCACCAGCGGAGCAAAUGCGACUCCGACCGGUGAACGGUUGCGUGGAUCAACGUACGGUGCGGCUGGUACCUAUCACAGCCGGUACGAAACGUGCAGCGUGUACAACUACACGGUCGAUCCGAAGAUCAUGCAAAUAAAGCCGUUGAAAAGCUUCCUCAGCGGUGGCCGUAUGAUGACGGUGCACGGUACCAACCUGGACGCGAUACAGCUGCCAGAGAUCGAGGUGUAUCUGAACGAUGAGCGGCUGAACAGAUCUACCUGUACCGUGCUGAACUCGAACCAGAUGGAAUGCCCAUCACCGUCUGUACGUGAGGCAUGGUCCGCGCUGCAACAGCAGCAGUCGCUGUUGCGCAAUCUAAGCGUCGCGCCGGGCGAUUAUUCACCGCCGCGCAUGCUGUCCGGUUUCGUAUCGGCCGAUGCGUUCCGUUCCUAUCCAGCAGCAACCUCCUACGGCUUCGAUGCCGAUGCUGCUACCGUCCCAGUAUUCGCUGACGUCGACCAGCUGCAGCUGCUGCUACAGAUCAACUUCCUGAUGGAUAGCGUCCUGUCGGUGCGCAACCUGCCAAAACAUUUUCAAAAUCUACGCUCGGCCAUUGUUUACGUGGAGGAUCCGGUAUACCAACCGUUUCCGAACACGGUCAAGAUGUACAAAGGUGACACGCUUGUGAUUGAGGGUGAGCAUCUGAAUGCGGCUAGCGACGAAACGGAUGUUAACGUCACGAUCGGUAUGGCGCAAUGCAACGUAACGAGCCUGGCACCGACCCAGCUCGUGUGUACGCCGCCGCUAGAGCAACCUGCCCCGACCGAUGAGAACGGAGUUCCUACUGUAAAAGACUUGCCCCUGGUCGUGGUUCGUGUGGGUCGUAAUUUACGCUUCCCUAUAGGUUUUAUCAAGUACGAUCUUAUCAAACCGUACGCGUUUUCGCACAUUCUGUUCGGCGUAAUUGUGAGUGGUAUCUUCUUUGUGCUGUCGCUGCUUGCCAUUCUGUUUAUCUACCGUCGGAAGAGUACACUGGCGGAGCGUGAGUACAAGCGCAUUCAGAUACAGAUGGACACGCUCGAAAGUAAUGUGCGCAUGGAGUGUAAGCAAGCGUUUGCCGAACUGCAAACGGAUAUGACAGAUCUGACGGCCGAUCUCGAGAGUUCCGGUACGCCCACGCUCGAUUUGGUCAAUUACGUAAUGAAGGUGUUCUUUCCGGGCGUAUCGGACCAUCCGGUGCUGUUGGCGAAUGGGGCCAAAUUGCACGGCCAUCAUCAUCACGGUCAUCCGCACCAUGCUGGACACCAUGGUCAUCCGCAUCAGCGCACGAACUACGAUCAGGCGAUGGUACUGUUCGAACAGUUGAUCAACAAUCGGGUCUUUUUGCUGCUGUUUAUCGAUACACUUGAAGCGCAGAAAACAUUCACCAUAAGGGACAAGGUAAACGUAGCGUCGCUGCUCAUGAUAGUGCUGAUGAAUCAGAUGGAUUAUGUCACAGACAUAUUGAAAAGUUUGCUGCUGCGGCUGAUUGACAAAUCGGUAAUGACUAAACACCCGCAGCUGAUGCUCCGCCGGACGGAGAGUGUCGUCGAGAAGAUGUUGACCAACUAUAUGGCACUCUGCAUGUACGACUAUCUGCGCAAUUACGCCGGCAAUUCGCUCUUUCUGCUGUACAAAGCGAUCAAGCACCAGAUCGAGAAGGGUUUGGUCGAUGCGGUUACGCACGAUGCCCGGUAUUCGCUGAGCGAGGACCGGCUGCUGCGCGAACAGAUCAUGCAUAGUGUCGUCACGCUGCACAUCAUUCAGGACGAUCUGGACGAGAAGGUGCAGUGCAAGGUGCUGGACUGCGAUACGAUCAGCCAGGUGAAGAGCAAGGUGCUGGAUGCGCUGUUUAAGAACACACCAUUCUCGCUGCGUCCGAGCGUGCACGAUCUCGAUCUCGAAUGGCGUCAUGGCCGGGGUGGUCAUUUGGUGCUGCGGGACGAGGACGUCACGACCAAAUCGGUGCACGGUUGGAAGCGCCUCAAUACGCUUGCUCACUACGGUGUAAAGGAGUCGGCCGUAAUGUCGCUGGUCGCGCGGCCACACGAUGGUUACAAUACGCCCGGGCGUCACAUCUUCCCUUACUGUUACUACAUCAACAAUCCGCCGUCCUCCAAUCAUCAGCUAUCGUCGACGACUUCGCCGCACGGUGCAAGUGGCCCAGGUUCUGGUAGCAGCGGCACAAUGGGACCGGCCCAUACGACCGACACAUUGUUAGCCGGUAGUGCCAGCCACCAUCACCAUCAUCAUUCACACCACGUACAGCAAGCGGCGGCAGCACAUGCGGCCGCACAACAACAGCAGCAGCAACAGCAGCAGCAACAGCAACAACAACAGCAACAGUCGCAGGUCGGCGUGUUCCAUCUGGUAAAACCGAUGGAUGAUCGUUUCUCGACGCUUUCGUCAUACGAUCAGCACGGAUCGUCCUCGUCGGCGCACGGUGCAUUGUACGGUGGUGGCCCGGGCAGUGGUAGCCACCAUAAGGCAAUACCGGAGAUCUUUCUGACGCGCCUGCUCGCGACCAAGGGCACGAUACAGAAGUUUGUCGACGAUCUGUUCGCGACGAUACUGACGGUGAAUGAGGCACUGCCGCCGGCGGUCAAGUGGCUGUACGAUCUGCUCGAUGCGGCCGCCCGCCACCACGGCAUACACGAUCCGGAGGUGAUACAUGCGUGGAAGUCGAACGGAUUGCCAUUACGGUUCUGGGUGAACUUCAUCAAGAAUCCCGACUUCAUCUUCGACAUCUACAAAACGCCCUCGGUGGACGUGUGCCUGAGUGUGAUCGCGCAAACGUUCAUGGACGCGUGCUCCACGACCGAGUACCGUCUGGGGAAGGAUUCACCCUCGAACAAGCUAUUGUUUGCGAAGGACUUACCUCAGUAUCGGGAAAUGGUUUCCAAUUUCUACGCCGACAUUGCCAUGAUGCCUCAAAUCAGUGAUCAGGAGAUGCGAAGCGCCAUGCAAAGGUUAUCCAUCCACCAGCAGCAGUUCGAUACGUUAGCAGCAUUAAAGGAACUCUACAUUUACGUUAGCAAGUAUCGUUUACAGAUUAAGGAAGUAUUAGAAAUGGACUUGACGGCAAGCAAGUUACAUUUAGCGCAUAAGCUUGACCUCGUCGCAGCUACAUUAGAAGAUGAUGAGUGCAAAACGAUUGAUUAUUAUGAAUAACAACAAAUGCCAGCCGGGACGACAACGACGAGAAAGAAGCGACAGUUUUUAACGAAUGGCCAUAUUUUAAAGCACGCAGCGAGCACACCUGCGUGAAAUCUUAGUGAAAGCAUUUAAACAAACAAACAAACACAAACACACACACACAGAAGAAGUAUAACAGUAUAACAAUGUGCUCUUCCGUCUUCGAUUCGUACACUUUUCCCAAUUUCCCACGCCACGGAAGCGGGGUCCGGUUUUUAUUGGGGUUAGGUGGGGGAAAUGUAGCGGUGCCGAGCGAAAAAAAGGUAUUACAGGUAGUUAAUGGGCACCCGGCCGCCAUUCCUCGCGAAACGAAACGGCGCAUGCAAAAUGGGAAGCAUUUAAUAGUUUAAAUAGCCGUACACUCUACUUAAUCUUCGGGCACCCGAAACACGGACCGAACGAUGUCUUUUGAGCCUAGUGAAAAACGAUGAGGGAAGGGGGGGGAAGGCCGACGUAACAUUGGAAGAAACGCGGAUAGUGCAUUAACGCACCGAUAAGAGUAUAGCGAGCGAUGACGUGAAGAUGAUGGGACAUGUUAUGUCCAUUUAUUUAUAGUGUUCAAAAGAAGAAGAUAAGGGGAGAGAAAUACGAGAUGAAUAAGAUGACAGAUGAUUAUACUCAAACUCCUCACGAUCACGAAGCUCUCUCGGCGUCACCGUUCCCGAUCUCAUAUCCUCCACCGCCCUGGAAGGAGGGCGGAAGAGAGGAGGGGGGUACAGGAGAUGCCACAAUUUAGCGGAAACACAGGAGGAGGACCGGAGCCGUUUGUUAGGUGGGCUCUUGCAUUUUAAAAUGGAUAGCAUCUAAGUUUUUUCCAGCCACUCUUAAUUAUUCUCUGAUCGGAGUUAUUUUUUAAACAAACGCAAUAGAUUUGCGGUGCAAAUAUGCAGCAGAAUCUUUCUUGCGCGACACAGCGAGAAACAUAUAUACUCACGCCCACAAGAUCUGAACAGUCAGAGCAGGUGCAUCACGUAAAGAAAUGAAAUUAAAAACAGAAAGACGAUUAUAGUCAGAAUUAGGAAUGAAAGUUAAUGAACAAAAAAAAUGAGGGAAAAGAAAAAAAACAGUGAUAAGGAACUACAAUUCAAACAGAAACAAACAAAACAGACACCUUGGAAGAAAGACAAGAGAAAAUGUGACUGAUUGAAAUAAUAUACAAAAAGAGGAAAAAAAAAACACAAGCGCGAAAGGGAAGUAAAUAGUUUGAAAGAGCUAUAGGAAGGAAGCGUGCAAUGCAUUUUCUCGAAAAUGCAGAACGCCAUGUGACUUUUCCUAGGGGUGCGGAAAUCGAAACAAAAGUACACAGUGUGUAAAUAAAACAAUUCCGUCUGAUGAUGAAUAUGACAGUGAUACAUAAA